AUGGCUGGAGUGAAGCGUGCCGUCGACGGCAGCGAGGAGCGCAAUGGCAAGCGGAGCAAGACCAAGGAAGUCUCCGCAUCGAAGUCCAAGUCCACUGCGCCCGUGAAGAAGUCCAGCUCCGGAUCCAAGAAGGACCCAAAGAAGGAGUCCAAGUCCAGCAAGAGCGACAAGAAGAAGCCCUCGAAGAAGGUCCAGAAGGAGGAGUCCGAGUCUGAGGACGACUUCGACAUCGACGACGUUUCCGACGAAGACCUCGACGCCCUUGAUGCUAUCUCCGAGAAGGAUGUUGAGAUGGAUGAUGUGAGCGAUGAGGAGGAAGAGAAGCCCUCCAACUCCGACAAGGAGGGAGAGCAGAAAGAUGCGCCUCAAAAGAACCCCAACAGCAAUGCCUCUCGCGAAUCCCACGCCAAGCAAAAAGCGCUCCAGCAGGAGCGCAAGGCCGCCAAGCCCAACGCCGAUACCAUCGCCCGCUCCAUGAAGUUGUGGGAGCAGUUGCGUCGCAAGUCCCACGUGCCGCUGGAGCAGAGAAAGAAGCUUAUCAAGGAGCUUUUCGAGAUCAUCACCAACCGCGUCCGCGACUUCGUGUUCAAGCACGACUCCGUUCGUGUCAUUCAGACCGCUCUCAAGUACGGAAACCUUGAGCAGCGCAAGCAGAUUGCGCAUGAGUUGAAGGGCAGCUACAAGGAACUGGCUCAGAGCCGAUACGCCAAGUUCUUGGUCGGAAAGUUGAUUGUCCACGGCGACAACGAGACCCGCGAUUUGAUCAUCCCAGAGCUCUACGGCCACGUUAAGCGUCUUAUCCGUCACCCCGAAGGUUCAUGGAUUCUCGAUGAUAUCUACCGCACAGUUGCUACCAAGGCACAGAAGGACAGACUCCUCCGCGAGUGGUACGGACCUGAGUUUGUGAUUUUCCAGGAUGAGAACGACACCACUUCCGAUCUGCCCAAGAUCCUCGAAGCCAACCCCGAGAAGCGUGGACCCAUUAUGAACUACCUGCGCGAGCUCAUCAACCACCUGGUGCAGAAGAAGAGCACCGGUUUCACCAUGCUCCACGACGCCAUGUUGCAAUACUUCCUCAGCACAAAGCCUGGCAGCAACGAAGCCAACGAAUUCAUCGAACUCCUCAAGAGCGACGAAGAGGGUGACCUGGUCAAGAACUUGGCAUUCACCACCUCCGGCUCGCGCGUGAUGUGCCUGACCUUCGCAUACGCCAACGCCAAGGACCGCAAGCUCCUUCUCCGAUUCUACCGUGACACCGUCAAGGUCAUGGCCGGCGACCUGAACGGCCACCAGGUGAUCCUGGCCGCGUACGAGGUCAUUGACGACACAAAACUCAGUGCCAAGUCAUUCUUCCCCGAGCUCCUGAACCAAAAUGAGGGAGCCGAGGCCCGCAACGAGGAACUCUGCUUCCAGGUCAACGACCUGACAGCCCGUAUCCCCGUCCUCUACCCCUUCGCCGGCGACCGCGUUAAGUGGCUCCUACCAGAAGUCACCCAAAAGGUCCUCGAGGAAGUCCGCGAAGUCCGCAAAGAAACCUCCAAGAAGGACCCCGCCGUCCGCCGCGAGGAACUCAUCAAGGCCGCCUCGCCUACCCUCCUCGAGUUCAUCGCCGCCCGCGCAGAGACUCUCCUAGAGACAACCUUCGGCUGCCAAUUCCUAUCUGAAGUCCUCUUCGAAGCCGACGGUGACAAGACCGCCGCUCUCGAGGCCGUCGCCGCCGCCGCCAAGUCGCACACCGAAGCCCGGGAUACGGCCCACGCCGGUCGUCUUCUCAAGUCGCUCGUCCAAGGUGGCCGCUUCAACCCAGCCACCAAGUCCGUAGAGAAAGUCGAGCCCGCACUGAACUUCCACGGUCUCCUGUACGACCAGAUCAAGGAGGAAGUAAUGGACUGGGCGACGGGUGCCAACCCCUUCGUUAUUGUCGCUCUGGCUGAGUCGGACGACUUCGAGAAGAAGGCUGAGCUCCUUAAGACUUUGAAGAAGAACAAGAAGGCGCUGGAGCAGGCCUCGGCGUCUGGGAAGGAGGAUAAGGAUGGGAAGAAGAAGCCCAGUCCUACUAGCAGCGGUGCUAAGCUGCUGCUUGAGAAGAUUUGA